AUGCCUCCCGCGCGUCGACGCAAAGCGAACAAGGCUAAGGCGAACGGGCAAUUGCGUUUAGGCAAUCUUGUAAAACCCUUCUUGGCCUGCCAAGGUGUGCAUCUUGUAAAAAACGGUGGAGCUGGUUUGCUUAUUUUCUUGAUAAUCUUCUAUUUUAUUGGAUUUGUUUACUUAACUUUGAUAUGGCAACUAGCUAGCGUUGUGACGGUGUUGGAGGAUUUAUACGGAUUCCAAGCUAUGGUGAAGAGCAAGGAGUUGAUAAAAGGGAAAAUGGGUUUGUCAAUAUUUAUAUUUUUGAUGCUAAACCUUUUGUUUUUCUUGAUAAGGUUGGUUUUUAAGGUAGUGGUUGUGAAUGGAACAUGGUGUUUUGGUUACGUGGACAGAACAGGAUAUGGGAUACUAUGUUUCUUGUUGCUGUCGUGUUUGUUUUUGUUUGGACUUGUUUCGCAAACUGUCUUGUGUUUGGUUUGCAAGAGUUAUCAUCAUGAGAAUAUUGAUAAGUCUGCUUUGGCUGAUCAUCUUGAAGUUUAUCUUGGAGAGUAUGUGCCAUUGACAGCUAAAGAUGUUCAGCUGGAGAAUUAUCGAGUUUGA